GAUGAUCUACUCUUUCCUAGUCACAUGAUUAUGACUGCCCUGGUAAAUCAUUAAUACAAUUAAACGGCUGUGAAAUCAUUUGUGCUUGAACCUUCUCUGGCAAUUGACGUAUUAACCACCAGCACUUGAAAUAUGUCUUUUAAUUCACUAUUUUUAGUGUGGUUGGGAAUACUCGGGUGUGCUUUUGGCAGCAGUGUUAAACGACCUUAUACAUUAGUUGGCCAGAACCAUUGCACAUGGGGGCCAGCUUACUGGUGCAGUCAUGUAGCUAAAGCUAAAGAAUGUGGAGCCAUCGAACAUUGUGCUACAGUUUGGGGGAAACUGAAGUUUCCUGAGAAAGCUGAAACUUGUUCCGUUUGUGAAUCUUUCAUUAUUGGAGCUGAGAAACUAAAGGAGAAUAAGAUUGAAAUGGAAAAGAUUGGAUAUUAUAUGGAUGCAAUGUGCUCUUACUUUAAGGGUGCUGAAAUCCAGAAAAAUUGCCAAAACGAUAUUGUUGAAUAUCUCCCUGAGUUAUUUAAGCUUCUAGAGCUUGGAAUGAAUGCAAAAAGUGUCUGCCACACACUGAAUUUUUGCCAGAAGGGUCGGUUUGCUCUUGAUCACAAAGCAUUCAGUUCAGAAUCUGUUAGUACUACAAAAGCAUCUACUACAACAACCCAUGUUACAACUGUCUCUCCUGACAAAAUAUGUAAUGAUUGCAAAGUAUUUUUCACUGAUGUUCGUCAGAGAUUGACAUCCAAAGUUGUUGUUAACAACAUUGAGAAAGUAUUUGAUGAUGAAGUUUGUCCUUAUCUUGGACCUUUUAAAGGGAUAUGCAUGGAAUAUGUGAGUGAUUUUGUUCCUCUUAUAAUGCAACAGCUCAGUAUGUAUAUUGCACCAGAGUUCCUCUGUAGUCUUUUGACAUUCUGCCCAAUGUCUAAGGAAGCUGCUGUUUCUCACUUGAUGGAAAGCAUAGUGCACAAUAAUAAUUUAAAGGAUGAAUGUAAAGAUUGCAAAAUGUUCUUGGACAAGAUAAAGAAAGACCUAACAGCUAAUACAACUACGGAAGAAUUGCAAGACAUUUUGAAGAAGGAGGUUUGUAGCCACCUUGGUCAAUAUAAAGAAAUGUGUGAGCUGGUUGUUGAUACUUAUGCUGGUGUUAUUGUUACUGAUUUAGUGGAAAAAAUUAAUAGCAGUGUUGUUUGUCAUGACAUUGGUGUGUGCAGUACCCAGAUUCUUAUUCAGGCUGUUGCUGAUCAUUUCAGCAAAAUUAAAUUUUCAAAAGUUAAUCCAUUCCGUGAGGCUACUGAAUGUGAAAUGUGCAAAGUUUUGCUCAAAGAGCUGCAUAAUGUAGUUGAGGAUAAGCAUGUUCAGGAACAAAUCACAGAUUUUAUCAGUAAUGAAGUUUGUUCAAGACUUGGAGAUAUGAAAUCUUCUUGCUUGCAGCUUGUUAUGGAAUACAAACCCUUGAUUAUAAAAUCAAUUGAAAGUCUUUUGGACCCUGUUGCUGGGUGUACUGCUGUUGGUAUGUGUACAAAAGAGGAUUCAGUAGUAGCUAAACCAUCUUCAAUGCCAAUGGCCACUUUGUUGCCUGCACUUUUAGGACCAUUUCAACGUGUUGGUCUUGUACUUCCCGAGAAACCUAAAGCUAAAGACAGUGAGAAAUGUGCGUUAUGCAAAGAGCUUGUAAAAGGUGUAGAAGAUUACCUGAUGAAUGAAAAUGUAGAGAAAAAAAUUGCAAGUUUGCUUGAUGAACUAUGUAGGGCAUUCCCUGAUUCAUACGAGAAAACUUGUAAGAAUUUUAUUGACAAAUACACUGACGGUAUAAUAUUUCUUCUUGUCAAAGAACUAAAUCCUGAUAUUUUGUGUACAUCAAUUGAUGCUUGUACCACAGUAACUGUAAACAGUGCAAAAUCCUAUGAUCCUGGAUGCUCUUACUGCACCAAAAUUGUUGAUAAAGCUGCUGAAUAUAUGCAUAUCCACCCUGACAUGACUGAAAAUGACUUAAAAGCAUACAUGUAUAAGUUAUGUGAAAAUGGUGGUCAGUUUACAGUUAUAUGUGAAUCAGCUGUGGACAGAUACAGCCAAAGUAUCUACAAUGCUUUGAAGAAAGGAGAGUCUUCCAAAUCAAUGUGUGCAUCUUUAAAUUUUUGCUCUGCUCCUGCACUUAAGCCUCAGACUGAGCACUUCUUUGUUGUGAUGUGUGAGAUUCUGAAAGCAACUGGUGUCAAUGCUGAAUGCAAAGACUUGGCUACUAUUUCCAAAGAAAUUCAUGCUGGAAUUAAAACUACAUCCAAAGAGCUUAGUACCAAAACAGUAAAAUCUUCCCCUAUGUGUUAUGCUUGUAAAUUCCUGGUUAAUAAAAUAGAAGAGAAAAUUGCUUCAAAGACUACAGAAGAAGAGAUAAGGGAAAUAGUUGACAAAAUGUGUGAUGAAAUAAGUUCUGAAUUCGAAAAAGAGUGUAAUGCUCUCAUGAAUUAUGAAGAUGACUUGAUAAAGCUUUUAGAGGAACAUUUUACUGCAGAGAAAAUUUGUGAACAAUUGCAGCUUUGCUCUGAUUCCCAUACCUUGUAUUACAAACCCAAAAUGAUUAUUGUCUAAAAGCUAACCACAGCUACAAGAUUUUUCAAGAUGCUUCAUGUUUGUAAUGGCAACCAGCUGAAGAUAGCUUAAUUUAGCUAAAUUUUCUAAUCUUAUAUUUUAAUGCUUAACCUAUUAAUUAGUUUUUGCCUUUUUGUCUCUUUUAAUAUCACAUAUUCUUUCACUUUGUAAAUUACACCAUUCAAAUCCAGUUUUAUAUUUUAGAAAUUUCUUUCUCUUUUGAAAAUAAAAUAUUUUCUUUUCUAAAA